AUGAAGUUUAUCGUGGCUAUUCGCGUCAGUGUGCUGGCGUCCAUGCUUGUAUCUACUUAUGCUAGGAGAACUGCACUUGAUAAGACUGGUGCCUUGUUGCUGGACGACUCCGCAGACGAUGAAGAGGAAAGCACUGGGCUGACAGUCAGCGAGGAGACUCGCAUCUUUGGUGGCUCUGAGGCUGAUGCGACUCAGUUCCCGUUCAUUGUGAGUCUGCGCAAGAGCAAAGCUGAUGCCAGUACCUACUGCGGUGGCACACUCGUCGCUUCCCAGUAUGUGUUGACGGCGGGUCACUGUGUAAAGACGGAUGAGACGACCAUCUAUGCCUCAAUCGGAUCAGCUUUUGCCAAAGGAGCUGAAGAAGGGCAACAGAUUAAGGUAAUUGAGGGAUACCGCCACCCCUUGUACAACAAGUCUGGACAUUUGUACGAUGUGGGUGUACUCAAGCUCGAGAAGAAAGUUUCGACAGCAACAAUUGGUCUGGGUGCAGCUGACGGGUCCGACAACAAGGUCGGCACGGCUGCGACAGUCCGAGGAUGGGGGAUCACUGAAAAUGGCUCGCAGAGCUCGAAGCUAGAGGAAGUGGACGUGCGCAUCAUUUCCAAUGACGAGUGCAGCAAACAGUACAAGGACCGCAUCACGGAAACUAUGUUGUGCGCUGGCAAUGGAAAAGGGAAAGAUUCGUGCAAUGGUGACUCAGGGGGUCCGUUGAUUGCGAAUGGCGUGCUGGUUGGAGUCGUGAGUUGGGGAGGCAAGUGCGGUGCCAACUCUGGCGUUUACACGCGCGUGUCGUACGUGCGCGACUUUAUCAGCGACAUUGUGCAUGGUGGCAACGGUGCCCGGUUUUCUUCAGCAUCAACUGGUCAGAACCUGAAAGCGUCAACGGAUCCGAAGAGAUCUCCGGCUGCGGUGUCUCCGACUGUGAGAACUCCAAGUCAAUUACCGACUAGGGUCGCAUCACCUCCAGUAACAAAAGCUCCCAGUCCUGUACCGAUCAAGGCAGCUGCAGCUCCAGUGGCAAAAGCUCCCAGUCCUGUACCGAUCAAGGCAGCUGCAGCUCCAGCGGCAAAAGCUCCCAGUCCUGUACCGAUCAAGGCAGCUGCAGCUCCAGCGGCAAAAGCUCCCAGUCCUGUACCGAUCAAGGCGGCUGCAGCUCCAGUGGCAAAAGCUCCCAGUCCUGUACCGAUCAAGGCAGCUGCAGCUCCAGCGGCAAAAGCUCCCAGUCCACCUUCAGCGGGUGCUUCAGCUCGUGAAGCCUCGCGAAAUGGAGACACCCGUCGCUCAUCCACACGCACCUUCAGCUGA